AUGAUGGAAUACGCGCAAUAUCCGCAGCAGCAACACAAUUCUCACGCAGGUUACGCGAACUCUGCCGCCGGCGCAAGUAUCACAUCGCCCACCAGCCACGGCAUCAACCAGCACGCCGUGCAAUCGUCGCCCAUAACCGCAUCGCAGCAACAACAGCAGCAGCAACAACAACAACAACAACAACAACAGCAACAGCAACAACAGCAGCAGCAGCAGCAGCAGUCCCAGCAGCAACAUCCGCCUGCUCAGGCCCCAGCUCACGGCAUGUAUCAACCACAGUACGGCGUGCCCCAGCCCAGCAUGCAGCCGGUGCCGUAUGGCAUCCCCGGCAUCCAAGCUGCGGCAAUGGCCGCCACGGCCGCCGCCUCAGGGUCCGGCUACCCUUACAUGCACUCGGAUCCAAGCAUGCCUCACACGUCGCCGCGGAUGCCUAGCGCUAAGAAGGAUGGCCGACCGUCUCCCCGCAUGAACAGCAUUUCUCAGAUCCCCGGCCGCCGCAUGAGCCAAGUUACCAGCCCCGGCGUGCCGAGUGCCCCCGGCAUGAUGAACCACGGCGGACCCCGGCCCCCGCCCAUGCCUCCCGCCCCUGCCAUGCAGCACCCACAAUCGCCAGAGAUGCCCGCCGGCGCAGUCGAAGAGUCACCCCUGUACGUCAAUGCGAAGCAGUUCCACCGAAUUCUCAAGCGACGCGUCGCUCGCCAGCGCCUCGAAGAGCAGCUGCGGUUGACGUCCAAGGGGCGAAAGCCCUACCUCCACGAGUCCAGACACAACCAUGCUAUGCGCAGGCCUCGUGGACCCGGCGGUCGAUUUUUGACAGCGGAGGAGGUGGCGGCCAUGGAAUCCAAGGGAGGGCUAGACGGCAAGGGUGAGGGUUCGGACGAUGUCUCACCCGGGAAGUCCUCGGAUGCCCCGAGCGGGAAGCGCAAGUCUGAAUCUGGCCCCUCGACGUCCAGCAAGAAGCCCAAAACCCAAACCGACAAUGGCGAAGGAAAUGCAGAAGACGACAGUUAA